AAGGAAAUUAGGGGAAAUUAUGCAGUAGUGUGUGACACAGUGACGGCCUGAGGGGUGGGUGGCCCCUCAUGAGGCCAUAUUAACCCUUUAAACUCCCACUUAAUCCAAACUUCGGACAGAAAAUAGGAGGGCAUUUACGGUAAACUACACAAUCUUAUUCCGGCGCCACUGUUAUGAAUCUUUCUCUCCACCAUUUUCUUACUCAGAGCUUAGCUCACCAUCCAUGGACUCUGCCAUCGCUCUCCGCCAACCAUCCUCAAUCUCUUCUUCCAAACUCUUCCAAACCACGAAAUUCCUUAAUUCCCAAUUGCUUAAAUUUCAAACCUCGCCGUUUUCCUUCGAGCGUCUGAAGCCAAAACCACGUUGUUUACCCAUAAACGUUUCUAGGCGGAGUUCUCUGCUCAGAAUUCGACUCCGCCACGGCUCGACUGAUGAGGAUGGUAGGUCCCCGCUUAACCACUCGGUCAAGGCUUCUUCAAACGACGCUCAUUUCAGUGCGUUUACGGAGAAGAAGGAGCUUCAGGCACCGAGUUUCGCUGAGUUCAUCACCUCGGAAAGGGUUAAAGUUGCGGCGAUGCUUGCUUUGGCCUUAGCCCUUUGUAACGCUGACCGGGUUGUGAUGUCAGUGGCGAUUGUACCUUUGUCGCUUUCCCAUGGCUGGACCAAAUCAUUUGCUGGUAUUGUUCAGUCAUCUUUCCUAUGGGGAUACCUGGUAUCUCCAAUAGCUGGAGGGACUCUUGUGGAUUAUUACGGUGGAAGGAUAGUCAUGGCUUGGGGAGUGGCUUUAUGGUCUCUGGCUACCUUUCUUACACCUUGGGCUGCUGAAACUUCCUUAUGGGCUCUCCUUGCUAUGAGAGCUAUGGUUGGUGUGGCAGAAGGAGUAGCUCUUCCUUGCAUGAACAACAUGGUAGCAAGGUGGUUUCCUCCAACUGAAAGGGCGAGGGCUGUUGGAAUUGCAAUGGCUGGAUUUCAGUUUGGAAGUGCUAUUGGACUUACACUGUCUCCAAUCCUCAUGUCAAAGAGUGGUAUCUUUGGACCGUUUGUGAUUUUUGGGUUAUCUGGGUUUCUUUGGGUGUUGGUAUGGUUGUCUGCUACAUCAAGUACUCCUGACCAAAAUAAUCAGAUAUCGAAGUAUGAAUUAGAUUACAUAAUGAAUAAGAGGCAAACAUCAUUUCUUGUGGACAAUAAAACUAAAGCAACUAAAGUGAUACCUCCAUUCAGGCGCUUACUUUCUAAAAUGCCAACAUGGUCCCUAAUCGUUGCAAAUUCCAUGCACAGCUGGGGUUUCUUCGUUAUUCUUUCCUGGAUGCCUGUUUACUUUAACUUUGUGUUUCAUGUUGACCUCAGACAUGCAGCUUGGUUUAGUGCUGUUCCAUGGAGUGUGAUGGCAGUCAUGGGAUAUCUUGCUGGUUUGUGGUCAGACAUGUUGAUCCGUGGUGGUACAUCUAUCACUUUAACACGGAAGAUCAUGCAGUCAAUUGGUUUUUUUGGUCCGGGAGUUGCACUUGUGGGAUUGACUACAGCAAAAAGUCCAGUGAUUGCAUCUGCAUGGCUUACAUUAGCUGUUGGAUUGAAAUCUUUUAGUCAUUCAGGAUUUCUUGUGAAUCUCCAGGAGAUCGCUCCACAAUAUUCUGGUGUUUUGCAUGGACUGUCAAAUACUGCCGGAACAUUUGCCGCAAUCGUGGGAACAGUUGGAGCUGGUUUCUUUGUAGAAUUAGUGGGUUCUUUUCAAGGAUUUUUGUUGCUUACAUCACUCAUGUAUUUUGUCGCUGCCAUUUUCUACAACUUGUUUUCUACUGGAGAGAGGGUAAAUUUUGAUGAACCUGUGAUAUAAAAGAAAUAUGUAGACAACUACUGGUCACCUACCUGAAGAUGAUGUAUUAGUGGACCAGAACUGAUGUAUAACUACAUAAUGCUUGAAGAAGGGACUCUCGUCCAUAUCAUUUCAUUCAAUGCAUUCUUCUCCUUCCUAAUGCCCCAAGCCUUAUUAUGCAUAUCAGUGAUUGCAUGUCAAUUAUAGUUGGAAAUUUUGCCUAGAAAAUUUUGUUAAUAUGAUAAAUAAUGUGUUGUAAAGACUAGUGAGGUAUGUAUAUGAAGGAUUCUGUUCAAAUC